AUGAAAGCUUUCGCAAUAUCGUCAUCACUAUUGGGAUUGAAAUCAUUCAACUUCACCCACACUCGAAACCGAAUCUCCAACCCCUUUCUCUCCAACACUCUCCCCUUACUAUUUCCCAACCGCCAAUUCCACUCCCGCCCUUCUCCGAUCAUGGCUUCUGCUCCAUUAUCAUCCAUCCAUUCCGAACUAGCACGUUCCCCACCCGCCAUUCCCAUGCCCACUCCACCUCUCACCAAGUUCAACAUUGGUCUUUGCCAACUCUCAGUAACCUCCGAUAAAGACCGAAACAUCGCUCACGCUCGCUCUGCUAUUCAAGACGCAGCUGCAAAGGGGGCGAAGCUUGUUCUCUUACCUGAAAUUUGGAAUAGUCCUUAUGCAAAUGAGAGUUUUCCUGUUUAUGCGGAGGAUAUUGAUGCGGGUGGUGAUGCUUCUCCUUCUACUGCUAUGUUGUCUGAACUUGCUCGUUUGCUGAAAAUUACUAUCGUUGGUGGUUCUAUUCCUGAACGCUCUGGAGAUCGCGUGUAUAAUACCUGCUGUGUGUUUGGUACUGAUGGAAAGCUCUUGGCAAAGCACCGGAAGAUACAUCUGUUUGAUAUUGACAUCCCUGGGAAGAUUACCUUUAUUGAAUCAUUGACUCUCACUGCCGGGGAGACUCCAACAGUUGUUGACACAGAGGUUGGACGCAUUGGCAUAGGCAUUUGUUAUGACAUUAGGUUUCCAGAACUAGCAAUGAUAUAUGCAGCAAGAGGUGCACACUUGAUCUGCUAUCCUGGGGCUUUUAACAUGACAACUGGACCAUUGCAUUGGGAGUUAUUGCAGAGAUCAAGGGCUACAGAUAAUCAGCUAUAUGUGGCAACCUGUUCACCUGCCCGGGAUAAUGGACCUGGUUAUGUGGCUUGGGGUCACUCCACUCUUGUUGGUCCAUUUGGGGAAGUUCUGGCUACUACAGAACACGAGGAGGCAAUCAUUAUAACAGAAAUUGAUUAUUCAAUAUUGGAGCCGAGAAGGACAAAUCUCCCUGUGACUAAGCAACGAAGGGGUGAUCUUUACCAGUUGGUAGAUUUGCACAGACUGAAUUCCCACUGA